AUGAUCCAGCCCAUGCCUCGGCUCUCUGUGCCCGCCGCGCUGGCCCUGGGAUCGGCUGCUCUGGGCGCUGCCUUCGCUACCGGCCUUUUCCUGGUCCCAGGCCCUGACCCAGCACCCCGCCCGGCAGGGAGACGGUGCUCUUCACGGCGAUCCCGGCGAGAGAAGCGCCUGCUGCCCCCCGAGGACAGCCCCCUGUGGCAGUAUCUGCUGAGCCGCUCCUUGCGGGAGCACCCAGCGCUGCGGAGCCUGCGGCUGCUGACGCUGGAGCAGCCGCGGGGAGAGUCCAUGAUGACCUGUGAGCAGGCCCAGCUUCUGGCCAACCUGGCGCGGCUCAUUAAGGCCAAGAAGGCGCUGGACCUGGGCACGUUCACAGGCUACUCGGCCCUAGCACUGGCCCUAGCCCUGCCCCCGGCCGGGCGCGUGGUGACCUGCGAGGUGAACCCGGGGCCCCCGGAGCUGGGGCGGCCCCUAUGGCGGAAGGUGAGUGUCCCUCUCAGGUCCCCGGAGCCCAGCACCGGCAGAAAGGACCCGCUGGCCCUGACCCCCCUCCAUCCGCAGGCUGAAGAGGAACACAAGAUUGACCUUCGGUUGAAGCCCGCCCUGGAAACCCUGGAUGAGCUCCUGGACGCGGGCGAAGCUGGCACCUUCGACGUAGCCGUGGUGGACGCCGACAAGGAGAACUGCACCCUCUACUACGAGCGGUGCCUGCAGCUGCUGCGCCCCGGAGGCAUCCUCGCUGUCGUCAGUGUCCUGUGGCGGGGACAAGUGUUGCAACCCCAACCGCAAGACUUGGAAACGCAGUGCGUCCGAAACCUGAACGAGCGCAUCCUGCGCGACGCCCGGGUGCACAUCAGCCUCCUGCCCCUGGGCGACGGCCUCACCUUAGCCUUCAAAAUCUAAGGCUGCCCCUAGCCACGGCCUCGAUGGAGGGGACCUGGGAAUCCCAGCCACCGACCCCGUUUUUAAUGUCAAUAAAGUGGGUCCUAGACACAA